CGAUUACACACUCGACGAUUCCUUUUGGAAUGAAGAAAGCCCAGUUGGUGAAGUUGAGCGGUUGUUACGCGAGUACCGACAGAAUCAGGAGUUGGUGCGGAAUAUCGGCGCGCACUACUACCAGAUCAUCUACCCGGUGCAGCUGCGUCACCACGAGAAGAUGGGCAUUUCUACGCGCGAAGUCAACACUCCUAAGGGCAGAGGAUACGAUUAUCAACAGGGCACGAGGUCACGCGCAAGGACUGGCAAACACUUUCAUAGAACUUCACUUCUCAUCAAAGCUUUCAACCACAAGUUCCGAUUGGAUCUUGAGCUUAACACGCAACUGCUAGCGCCAAACCUGAAGCAAACACAAUACUUAGCAAAUGGUGCCGAAAGCGACAUCAGAACUGAAAUUGAGCACUGCUACUACCACGGCACAGUGAAGGACUACCCCGGAGCAUCAGCAGCUUUCCACACGUGCAACGGCGUCUCCGGGGUCAUCCACAUCGGCAACGAGACCUUCGUCAUACACCCCUUCUACGGGGGUGACUUGUCGAAGCACCCUCAUGUCAUCUUCGAGGCGCGCACGAAGGCCAACAAGGGGUGUGCCAACAAGCUGGAGUUCAGGCCCAAGAGUCGGCGCACCAAGCAUGUGCCGUACGUCGAAGAACCGCUCGCUGAUGACCCUGGCAAUAUGGACACAACAACUAGAACAAAAGAAGAUCGAGCAUGGCGCUGGUGGCAGGACGCAGGGCUUCGGGCCCUCAACCGGCGCAGGCGUGACGUCAGAGAGACCACCAAGUACAUAGAAACAGCGCUGGUCAUCGAUAAAGCCAUGUUUGAUAGAAGAAACGGCAGCACGAGGUCCGAAGUCGUGCAUGAUGCUAUACAAGUCGCUAAUAUUGCUGAUCUGUACUUCCGAACCCUGAACACCCGGGUAUCCCUGGUGUACAUCGAGUCCUGGCAGAGCGCUGACCAGGCCGACAUCGAUAGGAAGCAGGACAUCACCAGAGCUAUCCACAAGUUCAGCGACUACACCGCCAGAAAACUCUUCAAGAUCGAGAAGGAUACCACACAAUUGCUCACCGGCCUGACAUUCCCGGGAGGCGAGUCCGGGAUCUCAGUCCCGGACACGCUGUGCACGCCCAAGUCCGUGGGCAUCUCCGUGGACACCAACACUUAUGAGCCUCACCUACUCGCCGGGACCAUGGCUCAUAUGAUCGGACAUAAUAUAGGUAUGGGUCACGACGAUGGUCGCGAGCAGUGCUUCUGCCGCGACUGGCACGGCUGCAUCAUGGCCCAGUCUAUCGUGGGCUCCGACAACGUGCAGCCCUACAAGUUCUCCGACUGCUCGAAGAAUGAUUACAUCAACGAGCUCAGGGUCGGACAGGGGCUGUGCUUGCUCAAUAAGCCUAAUGAGUUGGUGAUCCACCACCAAUGCGGCAACGGCCGGCUAGACGAAGGCGAAGAGUGUGACUGCGGGACCAUCACGGAGUGCCAGAACACCAAUCCUUGCUGCGAUCCCUUCACCUGCCGCCUGACCAAGGAGUCGCAGUGCGCCUCCGGGGAGUGCUGUGAACGAUGCCAGCUCAAACCACGCGGCGUUACGUGCCGGGACGCCACAAACGAAUGUGACCUUGAGGAGACUUGUACGGGGAUGUCUGGGACUUGUCCUCCUGACGCCCAUCGGAAGAAUGGGGAGCCUUGUGAAGAGGGAAAGGGGUACUGCUUUGCUGGCCAGUGCCCCACGCUGUCGCUGCAGUGUGAAAGGAUAUGGGGUCAGGGAACUGUAGGAGCUGACAAGGAGUGCUUCGAGCAGUUCAACUCGAAGGGAGCCGUGACGGGCCACUGCGGGAAAGACGGCAGUGGAUAUUUUAUUAAGUGUGAGACUGAGAACGUGCGUUGCGGCUCUCUGCAGUGCCAGCAAGGGAACAGGUACCCCAUAGUGAUCGGUAUGGAUGACUACUACACCAGGACCGUCAUCAGCAUCAAGGGGAAUGAGUAUGAAUGCAAAGCCACAACAGGUCUUCCAAAGCACUCAGAGAUAGCUCCUCUGGGCCUGGUGCGGGACGGGACUCCCUGUGGGGACAACCUGGUGUGCGUCAACCAGACCUGCACGUCCAUCUUCCCGUACAUCGACCACACCAAGUGUCCUACUGAUCAUAAUAAUAACGAGUGCUCUGGGAAAGGGGUAUGUUCAAACAUGAACAAAUGUGUGUGCAACCGCGGCUGGACGGGUCCCGACUGUUCGCAUCACGACGCUCUCCCCCCUUCCCCGACCCCCUAUGUACCCGACAACAGCACAAAAGCUGCCUACAACAUGACCAAGAAGGAAACACCGUAUGAGAACUACCACGGCUCGAACACGGUUUUCCUCGUGGCGGUGCUCAUGUCUGUGGUAGGGGGGGUAUUCAUAGUAUUUGCCCUGAGCGCUCUCUGCUACAGGUCAGUCGUAGUACACAAAAACUUCUCCCUGUGCCUAAGGAAAAAGAGUACGUCACGGAAAUACGACCCGCCUUACGUCAAGAAGCCGAUCGCGAAGAGCUUUGCAGCCGGCUCCACCACUUCCAACAACUCGCAGGAAGACAUCUCCCUGGACGGAGGGAAGAUGCACUCCUUCAAUAACACUUUUAGAAAUCUUUUAAGUCGUGGAGACUCGCAGCGUGUGAUCUUCAGACAUGGCAACCACAUGUCAGGCUCUGGCAGCACCAGUAGAUAUCCAGAUCACAAACAAAUGAAACGAGUUCACUCGGGCAGUGAAGAUGAACCAACACAUUCAGGCGAAGAAGAUAUAGCAUUUAUCGACGUAGCCCAGAACUCGAUGGCGAAGCUGCCAGAGAAGGGCAUCCUGAAGAAGCACGGCUAUGGCGCAGUGGACGGCAAGGACAAGUGGGGAGACGACUCACAGUCUGAGCAGCUGGAGGCAGGGUCCCAGUCCGAUGGACAGGAGCCCGCCGGCGCCGUCGCUGAUAUGGAAUAUAAGUUUAAGGACCUGAACGGCUACCAUGAAAACAUAAUUGUGGCUCUAAAGACGGCAGCAGCGCAACGUGCCAGCGCAGGUGCUUCGGGCGUAGCGGGUGGCUCGGGAGACUUGCGCGCACUUCAAGACUAUGAAUACAAGCGCGAACGAGCGCCCUCCGCGGAGAAAUUACAUGAUGCAGAGCUUCGCCGCGCCCGCGGAGAUGAUGAAGAAGAUGAACCUCCACAAUGUGGACCCAUCCGUAUUCGCAACCUCGAAGAUCUAAUCCGCCAGCUCGAGCACCACUCCAGCAGGCACAUGAGCCCCUCCGGCUCCGAGGACAUCAGGAUGUCCGAGACAGAGGCCGAUAGACAUUAUAGAAUUGAACCUGGAGAGAUUGCACCUCCACGAUGCCGCGGUCGUAUCGGCGGCGGCGAGGAGGAGGCACGGUUCGGGUACCCGCGGUUCCGCGGCAGCGGGCGCCACCACGGGCCGCUGUUCGCGGGCGCGGCGGCCCCGCCGGCGGCGCCGCUGCCGCCGCACGCGCCGCACGCGCCACACGCGGCGCACGUGGCGCACGCGGCGCACUCGCCGCACGCGGCGCACUCGGGGCUGCCGCCGCACGCGCGCCCGCCGCCCGACGACGACGCGCUCUAUGAAACCGCCGAUGCAGAACGUCUACGGGACGCGCCUGACAGUGAGAGCUCAACAACAGUUAGCCCGGUGGGCGAGUGAGGAGGCGGUGGACGGCUACCUGCCGUCGCCGGGCGGCUCCAGCCCGCCGGCCGCCGCCUUCCCCGAGUACACGCACUGACCCGCACCGCCCGCACCGCCCGCCCGCCUGACCGCCGCUCCUCGUAGGCUGCUAGGCUACUAGGUAUCGAUGUAUCCCGCUCUAUCUGCACUGUUAGGGUAAGCACGUCGACUAGUUUAACCGUUAGUACGAAACACGAUAAUUCUCUUCACGCGUAGUUAAUCUAAUAAAAUAUAGUGAUCGGACGUAGGGCCGGCGUCGGCCGCGGCCGGCGCGCCGCCGCUUGUGAAUACGUAGUUAUCGUUAGCGAAUCAGUGACUUGUAAAUAUUAUUGACCUAUGAAGUACAUAUUAAUUGCACAUAAACGAUAUGACUGAACUUGUAACGUACUCAUAAACGAUUUAGAGUAACCGUCGAAUGUAAGUCUCGAUUGGAAGUGUUUUGCCUGCCGCGCCGCCGGAGGGUGAGAUCUGUUACGUUGACGUGUUUCAUAAUUAUAUUCGUUCAUUCAAUCAAUACGCUUUAUAACUGUAUAUGUGUUGGAGUGCCGCCGCCCGGUGGUGCGGCAGAUUGUAUGUCUAAAGUAAAUGUAAGUAACUCAUCGGUGUAUGAACGUAGCGUUAAGUGAAGUUGUACGGUGCCGAGGUCCUCCGACACGUCGAGCUCGAUUUCGUUCCACUUCCGACAGACGAAGCUCAAGUAGCUUGCAAAUUAGAUAGGCGAUUAACAAAUUGAGCUAAUUCUUAAGCGAAGCUUUAAUGUAACACAAGUUAGCGGGAGAGCGAGGGCUGAGCUCGACGUCAUGUCCUAGAGUAUCAUUUGGCAGUGGUUCACUGGUUGUAGUCUAAGUUGUCUAAGUUCGUGUCAUCGCGUCGCUGUAAGGAGGUGGGCGACAUGCAACCGUCCCCGGAGAGUCAACAACUAUCGCUUUCAUACUGUUAUCACCUCUCCGAAUAUACGCCCAACUUCGUGUUCCAUUUGUUACGAGCGCGAUGUUGACACACCUAAUGAACACCAGCCGUCAACACCGCACGUCCCUCUGUUACAUUAUGUUACGUGUUACGACUUUGUGUUCGUUGUGUUCUCAUCUGUUACUUAGUUUCGUAGACAGUUCAGCGAUCUCGAAUCACCGUGCACUAAUAAUGACAUAAUUUAAUUAGCCCUUAACGUACACAUAUUCUAAAACUUAAAUGUGAAUAAAAGUUAUUUCGAUUUUAUCAGAAUAUCUAUUAUUAUUGUAUUGACUUAAAACGAAUUUAUGCCGAUACAAAUAGAAGAAGAUGUAUGUUAAAAAUAUGUUAUAGUUUUCAAGUUUAUUUUAUUGUGACAAUUUAGGAAGUUAUCGUUUGAUUCGCGUUUACGCUAGGCUAGGUGGCCCGGCCACGAAUAUAAACACUUAUGUAGUUAACUUACAGUUAAAUUAUUGAAUAAUAAAGUGGAGCUGCCGCGUAUGGUUGCGUCACUCUGGUACGAUGUUCACUGGCGCUGUGAGGCUGCGCGCCCUGUUUUCGUAAUUAUUCUCCUAGAUAAUCGUUAAACCUUAAGUAAGUCUAAAUAGGAACUAUGAACACGUACAGGGUAGAUGUUUUUGCAAUACUCUGUGACUGGGCGCGGCCCUCGCCGCCGCAGUGCGGGGCUCCGGGCGGCCGGGGCCCCGCACGGCCGCGCCCGCACUCGGCCGCCGCCGCGGGCGAGUGCGGGGCCCGGUAGGCGUCGCGUGCGCGUCCUGUGCGGCGCGGUGCCCGCACCGCCGCCCGCACGCGUAGGCCUAACACGUCAAUUGCGACCGGCGACCGACGCCGCCAUUGCUCACGGUAGUGCUCUGUUCUUUGUACGAAUUCUCGUAACUAAUGUAUUGGAGUUAGAUGCCCGUGCUGUGCUAUGGCGUUUCCCCCGGCGUCGUCACACACAGCUGCGCUAUGGAACGGUCAACUGUGGAACAUUUGAUAUUCCACGGCGUUGUUUUGUGAACUGCGAUGCAGGGACUCAACUUGCGAGUUAUACGUUAAUUAGAUCUAGAAACUGUUCUUAUCCACGACGCCAUAGCACGGUCAUGAGUCCCCAGCAGUAAGCAUUGUAUGUAUCGAACAGUUAUUAAUUGUGUAAACUGAAUAUUGAAUGUUUUGUACUUAUAAAGCGUAUGCGCACAAGCAAAGAGGAUUGGCUCAAUAAAAUGAAGUAUCGUGUCCUCAUUCGCGAAGUUGCGACGAUUCGUAGGAACCGUUCACCACUACCGAACUACUGAUUUAGAAAUGUUAAAGUUAAGUGAUAUUAUAUAAUAUAAAAAUACGAAUUUUAAACGAAAAAAAAACGUUAAGACGUUGUAAUUUUUCCGUUUGAUUUUGUCAUUGUAAAUAUAUUUGCUAUAUGAUUUACUAAAUGAAUGUAACAUAUUAUUAAUGAAAAAAUAGAUGAACACAAAUUUUAAA